AACUGUCCCCGAGGAAGUAGCUAAGCCCCCCUUCCCCCUCUCUCCUCCCCAGAGGCAGCCGGGCUCCGCUCUCUGGGUCCCUGCCGGGUCAGAGUGGCCGGCGCUGGCUGAGCAAUGGCACUGCUCACCCACCUGCUGGCAUGUGUCUUCGGGACGGGCUCCUGGGCAGCCCUCAAUGGCCUGUGGGUGGAGCUGCCCCUGCUGGUGACCGAGCUGCCUGAGCAGUGGUACCUGCCCUCCUACAUCACCAUCAUCGUCCAGCUGGCCAACGUGGGGCCGCUGCUGGUCACCCUGCUGCACAGGUUCAAGCCCGGCCUGCUGAGCGAAGUGGCCAUCAUCUAUGGCGUGGUGGCCAUGGGAGUCCUGGCCUGCCUGCUCCUGGCCUUCCUUUGGGGUUUUACCUCCCCUGUCGCUGGGGAGCCCCACAGCACGGCCUUCUUCGGCCUCGCCUUCUGCCUGGCGCUGGUGGACUGCACCUCCUCCGUCACCUUCCUGCCCUUCAUGGCGCGGCUGCAGCCCCGCUACGUCACCACCUUCUUCAUGGGGGAAGGGCUCAGCGGGUUCCUCCCAGCCCUCAUUGCCCUGGCCCAGGGCGCCGGCAUCGCCAGGUGCGUCAACGUCACCCGGGUCGCCAACGUAACCGCGGGCAACACCACCACCGAGGGCGGCCACUUCCAAAUGGAGACCCGGUAUCUCCCAGCCAACUUCUCCACCCUGGUCUUCUUCCUCCUCCUGGCUGCCAUGAUGGUCGCCUGCUUGGUAGCCUUCUUCUUCCUCACCAGGCUGCCCAAGGCGUGGGAGCUGUCGAGACAAAACUUGUGUCCUAGCAACAUCACCCUCUACUCACUUCAGCAAAUCCCUGGGGAUGGGCCCAGGCUAUCUGGGGGAGGAGACUCCCCAAGGGGGGGAAAGCCAGCUAGCUCCGACAAGGGAUCCCACCAUGCAGACCCAGAGGUUACCUACUCUCUGGCCAAGUUUGCCUUCAUCUACCUCCUUGUUGCCUGGGUGAACUCCCUAACCAACGGGAUCCUGCCAUCCGUGCAAGCCUAUUCCUGCUUGCCCUAUGGCAACAUGGCGUACCACCUGUCUGCAACCCUGAGCUCCAUGGCCAACCCGCUCGCCUGCACCAUCGCCAUGUUUCUGCCCAGCAGGUCUCUGGCCCUGCUGGGGGCGCUCUCCGUGGCCGGGACAGGCUUUGGGGCCUAUAACAUGGCUAUGGGUGUCAUGAGCCCGUGCCCCCUCCUGCAGCACUCGGCGUGGGGGCACGCCAUCAUUGUCAUCUCCUGGGUGUUCUUCACAGGGAGCCUCAGUUACGUGAAGGUGAUGACCGGGGUGACCCUGCGGAGCCAGAGCCACAGCGCCCUCGUGUGGUACGGGGCAGUAGAGCAGCUGGGGUCUCUGACAGGGGCCCUCAUCAUGUUCCCCCUGGUGAAUGUCUAUAGCUUCUUCAGAUCUGCUGACUAUUGCAGCCUGCAGUGUCCAGCAUGAGCCUGGGCCAGGGGAGGUGCUCUGGGGAGGAGCUGUGGCAAGGGACUUGCUGGCCAAGGACAUCAUGGGCUCCAGUGACUUCCAGACUGGGCAGAAAACACCUCCACCCCGCUCCCGUUAGCUUGAUGGAUCUCCAUGCUGCAGCCCAUAGUCUGCAACCACCACGUGCCAAAGCACACCCCCAUCAGUUAUGCAAACAGUGCUUUGGCUCCACAAGAAGAAUGGAGUCAGGGACCCACACAGCUGAACAGACAACACAGCUGCCCCUCCCUGACAGGCUCGGGGAGUGGUGGUUUCUCUUGGGAAGUUUAAAGCAAAACGGGUCAGUACAGGUGAUCUGGGAGGAAGCAACUGGCUCUCAGCUCUGCCCAGUGCAUGGACACAUUGUAUUCGAGGGGUCUCCUGUGCACUAACAGGUCCCUCUACCAAACCAGGGUAUCCAUCUCCAUCCUGUGCUGCCGGCAGGCUCUGGCUGGAGCAUUCCCCACAGUUCAGGUGCUGUACCCAGGGUAACCCAGUCUGUGCUUUUUGGGAGGCAGGUGACUCUCCCCUUGUCCCAGCUCCUCUCAAGCCUGACAUUUGUUUGCUCACAUGGACUCUGCUCCCUGUGGCGUGCCCUGGGUCUGUGUCACCUGCCUUGAUAGAGCAGCUGGAGUCAACUUGUAUUUUUCCCUAUUGAUUUAGAUGGAUCACUUCUUUCUUCUCCCUCGCCCCAUCUCCUCCUGUCCCAGGUCCCUUUCAUUUGGGGUUUUACCGAGUAGUUUCCAUUCUAUAGUUCUGAGAUACUCACGACUUUCCUGCUGGGACUAUAGAAAUGUAGGGGCUGGAGAGGUCAUCGAGACCAGGCCCCUGGACUGAGACAGGACCAAGUAAACCUAGACCAUCCCUGACAGGUGUUUAUCCCACCUGCUCUUAAAACCUCCAAUGACAGGGAUUCCACAGCCUCCCAUGGAAGCCUGUUCCAUAAUUUAACUACCCCUACAGUUAGAAAGUUUUCCCAAUAUCUAACCUAAUCUCCCUGCCUCCAGAUUAAGCCCAUUUCCUCUUGUCCUACCUUCCGUGGGCAUGGGGAACAAUUGAGCAUUGUCCUGUUUAUAGGAGCCCUUCACAGAUUUGAAGACUUAUCAGGUCACCCCUCAGUCAUCUUUUCUCAACACUAAACAUGCCCAGUUUUAUUAACUUUUCCUCACAGGUCAGGUUUUCUAAACCUUUGGUCAUUUUUUUUGCUCUCCUCUGAACACUCUCCAGUUUGUCCACAUCUCUCCCAAAGCGGGGUACCCAGAACUGGGCACAGGACUCCAGCUGAGGCCUCCCCAGUGCCACGUAGAGCAGGACAAUUACACGUGACACGCCUGCUAAUGCACCCCAGAACGAUAUUAGCCUUGCCCUUUUCCACAACUGCAGCACAUUGCUACUCAUUCACUUUGUGAUCUACUGUAACCCCCGGGUCCUUUUCAGCAGUACGACCACCUCGCUGGCUAUUCCCUGGCUGUUAUUUUGUGGUUGUGCGUUUGAUUUUUCCUUCCUACGUGUAGUACUUUGCAUUUGUCUUUACUGAAUUUCAUCUUGUUGAUUUCAGACCAAUUCUCCAAUUUGUCACGGUCAUUUUGAAUUCUAAUCCUGUCCUCCAAAGAGCUAGCAACCCCCUUGCAGUUUGGUGUCAUCCGCACAUUUUAUAAGCGUACUCUCCACUCCGUUAGCCAAAUUGUUCAUUACAAUAUUGAAUAGUACCAGAACCCCACGGGACCCCACUAAAUACAUCCCCCCCAUACCCAGUUCGACAGCAGACCACUGAUAACUACUCUUUGAGUACGAGCCUGCAAGCAGUUUUGUACCCAUUUUACAGUAAUUUCAUCUAAAGCACAUUUCCCUAGUUUGCUUAAGAGACUGUCGUGUGGGACUGUGUCAAAUGCCUCACUAAAAUCAAGAUACAUCAUGUUGACAAGCUUCCCCCAU